UUUCUUUUCUUUUCUUUUUUCGUUUCUCUUUUUUAAAAAUACAUGCCACAAGAAAAUCUCUUCUCUCAGAAUUUUCAACCACCUCAACCUCAACAUAUAUUUGAUCCUAACACAGGGCUUUACCAAGCUGAUAUGCCUUUACAAUUUGCUGCCUCAGUUCCUCACCGUCAGCCACAGCACUCUUCAACGCCACCACAACGACAACAAGGACCUCCUCAUCAACCCUUGGCCUUUCAACAUGCACCAUUUCAAAAUCCAGAGGUUAUGAUGCCGCCCUCUUGUAAAUAAUAGCCAAUACUAAAAAGGGAAAAAAAGACUAAUGACCUUAUAGGUUUAACCAACUAUCCUAGUAGUCCAUUUGAGAGACAGGAACCCUUGAUGCCCACGGGAGGCGGUAGUACAAGCAGACAGGUACAGACUAAGGCCGAAAGAAGAGCUGAGCAUAAUGCCACCGAAAGACUUCGACGAGAAAACUUGAAUGCUAAAUUCCAACAACUGGCACACAUCUUACCUAACCUUCAAAAUGAUACUCGACAUUCUAAAAGUGCAAUCAUUGAUCGAACGUUGGAUUAUGUAAAAGGAUCGAUUCUAAAAGAAGAACGUAUGCAAAACCGAAUAAAGGAACUUGAAAAGAUCAAUAGCUAUUUGUUAUCUCAAUUGGACGAUCGUAGUACAGGGACGAGCUAUAAAAGAAAGAAGUCGACUCAAAUCGAACCUUCUCCGUCACCCGUUCCAGCUUCUUCGCCAAGUCCCAAUUCAGUCAUAUCUGAGGAAUUGAAUCAUAUGGAAGAUCCGAUAGCAGAACAGCCACCGAUAAUUCAUAAACAAGGAUUACAAAACAACAAGACCAGUGGAUUCUUUGGAGAACCCCAUGUUUCGAGUACGGUCACGAAUCACUCAACACCCAACACAACCACAACCGUUCGAGCCCCUAGUAAUGAUAAUAAUAAUAAUAAUAACAGCAACGCUCGUUCUGUAUCACCUUUGUCGGCUACGGUUACCCCGAGAACGGCGUAUCAUGUAAAUAGUAACUGGCCCAAUAAUAAUAAUGGAUUUAUGAACAACCAACAUCCUAUAAAGCAAGAACAGAUGCUAUAUUGUGAUAUCGAACGACUUUGUACAAUGAUGACGACAGAUCCAUUUAUGAGAUAUCGAGAUGAAGAGGAUUCAAAUGGUAAUCAUUCACCACCUAUGAAUACAUUUGUAGAACAACAACAACGCCAAUAUAUCUCUAUGAUCAAUCACUCACAACCCAUCAUGAACCACAAUGAACAUUUAUAUCAUUUAAUGCAGCGACAAUAAGUAUAUUAUGAAUUUUAUUUAUUACAUCGUCCUUCAUUCAUCCAUACCCUACGUUUAUAUGCCCCUCCCCCCUUUUCCUCCUUUUUUUUAUAACUAUAUUCUACAGCAAGCAUAACAUAAAUAACACUAAUGAUUUGUAUGUAUCUUUUCCCUUUCCGUAACCAGAAAAAAAAAAGUUUUUGCCUUGUUUUCUCUUUUACAAUAAAUAAAUAAAAAUCAGAUGAUGAUCAACUAUUACAUAAUAACCAAAAAAAUAACAAAAAGAACAAGAGAAGAAGAGAGAGAGUUUAUUUUUUUAUCCUGACAAAUUAUUCAGUAGUGACUGACAGUGUACAACU